AUGAUCAACGAAUAGAAAUAGAUUUGCUAAGAACACAAUUAAGAGGCUACUUUAAUAUGUUGUGUAUCUUAAUGGCAUUGUGAGGUUUUAUGUGUUGAAUGUAUACCAAAUCACACUAUGUAACACAAUAAAAAUAAAACUUAAUCAUAAAUAAAAAAGUAUUAAGAUGUAGCAUAAGAAUGUGAAUCAAAAUUCAAUUAAUUUAAUAAAGAAUUAGAAAGUUUUAAAGAAUAAAUUAUAAAAGUUUUUAUUCUGUACUAAUUAAUUAGGAAAUUAAUAAUCCAUGUGAAGAUGACAAUUUAAGAAAUCUUAAGCUUUGGAAAGAAUAAUAUCUGUAAUUUUUUGAAAUAUAUUUUAACAAUCUAAUUUCAGAAUAUGAUUAGAAAUUGUAAAAAUUUAAGCAGAAUUAAACUGAUUAAUUUAAAAUAGUAAUUCAAAACAUAGAUAGGUUGUCAAAUUAAUAUUAAAAUCUGAAGAAUGAAUUAAAUAUCUAUACCCUAUCAAAAUAAAAAGAAUUAGAUUAAUUGAAAGAUAGUUUUCAUUAAAUAUAAUAACUGAAAAUAUCUUAAAAUUAUUCUUUAAAUCUCUUUGAAUAAUAGUAAAUAAAAAACAAGUUAAAUGAUAUAAUUUUAAUUGAAGAGAAUGAUUAAAAAGAUUAAAUAAAAUAAAAAUAAGUAAAGAAAGAAUUGGUUCCAUAAAAAAGUACAGUUUGCCCAUAAUGUGGCACUUAAAUGAGUUAUGUAAGUGAUUUUAAGAAACAUUUGGAAUGUCCUAAAUGUACAAAAAUCAAGAGGCCAAACACUUUAAAAAAAUGAGGAUAUUAAUAUCAUAGUAUUGUGUAAUUAAUAUAUGUAUAAAAAACUAUUAAUG